GUAGUUUAUCUUGGGGAGAAGAUGGCUCAGCAUCCGCUCGUUCAACGGCUUCUCGAUGUCAAAUUCGACACGAAACGAUUUGUGGCUAUUGCUACUCAUGGGCCAAAGAAUUUCCCUGACGCAGAAGGUCGCAAGUUCUUUGCUGAUCACUUUGAUGUUACUAUUCAGGCUUCAAUCCUGUACAUGGUCGUUGUGUUCGGAACAAAAUGGUUCAUGCGUAAUCGUCAACCAUUCCAAUUGACUAUUCCACUCAACAUCUGGAAUUUCAUCCUCGCCGCAUUUUCCAUCGCAGGAGCUGUCAAAAUGACCCCAGAGUUCUUUGGAACCAUUGCCAACAAAGGAAUUGUCGCAUCCUACUGCAAAGUGUUUGAUUUCACGAAAGGAGAGAAUGGAUACUGGGUGUGGCUCUUCAUGGCUUCCAAACUUUUCGAACUUGUUGACACCAUCUUCUUGGUUCUCCGUAAACGUCCACUCAUGUUCCUUCACUGGUAUCACCAUAUUCUCACCAUGAUCUACGCCUGGUACUCUCAUCCAUUGACCCCAGGAUUCAACAGAUACGGAAUUUAUCUUAACUUUGUCGUCCACGCCUUCAUGUACUCUUACUACUUCCUUCGCUCGAUGAAGAUUCGCGUGCCAGGAUUCAUCGCCCAAGCUAUCACAUCUCUUCAAAUCGUUCAAUUCAUCAUCUCUUGCGCCGUUCUUGCUCAUCUUGGUUAUCUCAUGCACUUCACCAAUGCCAACUGUGAUUUCGAGCCAUCAGUAUUCAAGCUCGCAGUUUUCAUGGACACAACAUACUUGGCUCUUUUCGUCAACUUCUUCCUCCAAUCAUAUGUUCUCCGCGGAGGAAAAGACAAGUACAAGGCAGUGCCAAAGAAGAAGAACAACUAAAUCGUCCCAUUACGAUUCUAAACCAUCCCACUUUCUUCCCCAGUUUUCUUUGAAUUGCGGGUUUUUCGAACAUGAUCGAUUCCCAACUUUAUGUAGUGUGUUAAUUACAAUCCCUGUUCUGUUUUUUUUGUAUUUGCUCCCCGUUUGAACGUUUAUAAAACACUAAAUAAUAA